GCCCGGAUCACUGCCACCCGACGCCGCAACGCCCACCGCGCCGCGGAGUUGACGGUGGAGCUCGCGCGCCGGGAGGUCGUUCGCUCUCGGCUCGCCUUUGAGCUUGGAGAGUGGGCCCUCAAGCUGGCAGAGGAUACCCAGCCGUGCAGCGAUCCCACCGACCUUGACGAAGAGCCGAAGGAGGCUGUAUUUCGCCCUCAGCUCCAGGCUCCUCGGCAUGCUCUGGCGGAGCUCCGUGCGGCACUCACCGCCGAGGCCGUAGCACAGCGAGUGGAGGAGGAUCUCGGGGACAGCUGCUUAGAAGCAGGCGGAGGAGCCAGCGCAGACGA